UCUCGAGUUUGAUGGCUGUCCUUGAAGAUCCCAUCAAGCACAAUCCCACGCCCCUUCAUUAUUUGAUCUUGGACUGCCUCCAAGAAAGAUCUGCAUCGUGGCACCAUUCUAUCCACCUGAGAAAGGAGCCACAACAACAGAAGGCUUGGACUUCAUCUGCCCCAACUAAAAGAUGGUUCGAUUAUCCCUGCUCCUCUUGACAUCAUUCGUCACUACCACUUUGGCGUUUUCGCCCCACCGGUAUUGCGUCGCUCCACAUCGACAACAGCAACAGCAGCAACCAUCAUGGGCACUCUUUUCCACCAAGAAAAAGGUUCGACGACAACCAUCAUCAUCCACUGAUUCGUCGUCAGGUAUUCUGGAUAUCGAAGAACCGGCUGGCAUUGUAGGCGCCGAAUUCUUUGGGGGUAACAAACAAAAGGAAGAGUUUUACGAUCCAGUCGCCGAAGCCGAGGCGGAUGCCGACGUUCAAGCAGCGGCAACGGUCUAUGAUCGAUUCCAAGAUACCAACGCAUUUAGUAGUCCCUUGGCAGCUCGCAUUGGACGAGCGGUACAAAAUCGAAUCAAUUCGGUACUCUACGUUGUCAUGUCGUCGACUCCAGAACAAGAACAAGACACUACUAGUAUUCAAUAUGCCAGCAAUCUAGUGUGGGAGAGUUGCUUUAGCACCCAAUCAUCAUCGACUCCUCUGGCAGGCUUGGAAGAAGCCUUGAAUUUCUACAAAGGCGUCGAUGUCGCCAUUGUAUCAGGAACACAACUACCGGGUGACAACAACCGAAUUCAGUUGACAUGGCAAAUAUCCGUCGUCUGGCCCAUCUUUUGGGAACCUCGCGUCUUGCUCACGGGGUCCUCGGAAAUCACCCUCCAAAAUAAUAAUCUAGACGACGACGACGACAAAGACGACAGCCUGAUCCGUACAAUUACCAAACAAAUCGACUCGUUAGAUUCUUCCUCCGAUUUGAUAUCCACCAUUGCCGAUCAAUUAUGGCCACGAUUCUGGGAUACCUACCAUAUUGGAAUGACACCCUCUGCCGAAAUCAUGACACGGGUCGAGGACAAAAAGAAGCAACAAUCAGGAUUCCUGCCCAAAAAGUACAAUGUAUUUGAAAUACCCGCUCGAUUGGUCACGGCUCCCACACAGUUGGAUUCCGAGGCGGGUCGCAUCGAUGGAAAUGCCCAAAUUAUACCCAAUCAUGCCUUUUCCUGCGUUGUCAAAACCAUGGGACCACAAAAACAAGACUACGUACCGGCAUCUCCGGUACAAGUGCAGAUUUUGCCUCCUUCCGCAGGAGCUACUCUUCCAAAGAUCAAGUGGUCCAUUCCCUUGUCGGUCGACUUUCAAACCAAUGCCAAAUUGCCCCUGCCCGGUGCUGAUCCGGAAGCUAGACCGGAUUCGGAGCCCCUUUGCGAGUACGAGUUUCAACCACGGCGACUGGUCGCCACGGUCCCAUUCAGUGGAUCACCCCAAGAUGUAGAGAUUGCGGACGCGAGAAAAACGUUGUAUGACAGUGUCAUCAAGGACGGUUUAAAGCCUCUCCUUGAUGAUGAUGGAAGACCUCAAUUCUUCUUUCUGUCGAAUGGCGUCAAAGCUUGUUACACAGAGGAAGGUCUCGGAAUGUGCGUCUACGAAUGGCGACCAAAAUUCGUAGAACCCAAUGAAGUUGGAAUCGAGCUGACCAGAACCGGUAGCUAGCAAGCAAACAAGAAGCAAGCAAGCUAGUGAAAAGGAAAGGGUAGUUCAAUGCUUGCAAGUGGCGCAGCCAUAAGCUACAAAUGUAUAGAAUUUUCGUGUCUGCCGACUGGUUCUGUUGAAAUUGGUUGAACAAAAGUGCGGCUCCCAAACA